UCUUCAGCUUCCUUCACAUUCAUCAAAGCAUGAGUUCAACAUCCCUAACAUCUGGACCAUCGACUGAACCCAUUGCUGUGGCUCACCUGUCGUAUUCCUCCCCCAUCAUCACUACCACCACUACACGUCUGUUGUACUUGUGCCCGCGCGCCGUCGUAGGUUCACAGCAUGCCCUGAAUCAAUACCGUUAGUCACGCCUUCAAUUAUCGCAGCCAUGUCGAGAGCUCUGGACAAACAUGUCAUCGCGGCUCUGAAGCAAGGCGACCACCAGAAAAUCUUUGACGACAUUUCCAGUAUCUUCGUGUCGCCUGAGGACGGAUGCCGUCUCGAGAUUGAGGUUCUAGGUCAGAGCCACCCGUUGAGGCUGGGCGAGCACUUUCUGCGAGAUGAAAACGCUGUUGCUGUCCCCAAGCUCCGCAUAGUACAGGCCUUCCUCGUCGCCAGACAGAUCUUUCAGAAACAUCUCGCUGCAAGCUCCGUUGACGCCGAGCUUCUGUUCACCACGACAAGCGUUUUGCUGUUCCUGGACCCGGAACACCUCACGGCCGCCAACACUAGGAAGCGCCUCAUUCGCGACGCGAUCUUAGCGGGGGUUGAUGUGCAUGGGCGUCUGACAAGAGAAAAGUGGUUUGUUGACAGCUUGCUGACCAGCCGACUGCAUCGGCACACAAAAUCGCCUACUUUAUGGAGUCAUCGACGCUGGCUAAUGGAGCAGUGCCGUCAAGCCGGGCUUCCUGUUACGGUUCAAGAGGACAUCGAGUCAAUCGUCAUGGUAGCUGGAGAGCGGCAUCCACGGAACUACUAUGCCUGGACCCACGCACGUUGGUUGAUCCGGACAUUUCUGGUCGACUCGGAGCCCGAAUUGCUGCAAUCUCUUAUCCAAAGCGUCAAGAGAUGGUCUUUUAGACAUCACGUCGACGUUUCUGGCUGGUCUUUUCUUGCCCAUUUGAUAGAGAGGCUCGACGACAAAGGGAAACAAGUAUCCUUGUCGGUCUUUGAGGAGACUCUUAGACUGGCGGAGUCUCUUCGAUGGUACAACGAGUCAGUGUGGUGGUUUCUCCGCACGACGGCUUCCAGGCCUGCCUUGGGACAGACCAGACAGGAGGACUUCGCAACUGUCCAGCAAAGGCUUUUGGCUAUGAAAGCCGAUGAUUCCGCUGAAGCCAUGGUACUGAAAACGGCACGGAAGUGGUGCGACUCGUAUGGACCGUAUAGCGACAAAACUUGUUCGGGUGCAACGGAAGAGGUUUGAGUGAGAUAAAAGCUUCGGGGAAAAAAUUAAGAUCGCGUGCGGCAUUGUCGUUCAAAUUUGGCAUUCACGUCGAGGCCUGAAGCCGGUCCAUCUCCGUUUGCUUGACAUGCUCCCGGGUUGGGCCUUGGACUUAGGCCUAGCCAACGGGAUUUGUUUUCAGACGCUAAUUGAAUACGAGGGAGUAACUGCCAGUUCGCGUGGCCCUUCAGCGGAGGGCAUCAAAUGUUGAACAAGUCGGCAGCCCCCUUUGUGAAUGACAACUUAUUGCUAAAGGAACACAAUAGGACGUAUGUCCAGC